GCGGCGCAGCCCGAGGCAGAGGAAGGGGCCGCGCGCGCGGGCGGAGGGAGGGGACGCAGCGCGUCUCCGAGGCCGGAGGCGGCGGGGACCGGACGGGAGCGCGCGCGGCGGGGACCCCAGGGGCUCGCGGCGGCAGGGGGGAGGCCGCGCGGACAAAGGCGCGGAGGGCAGCGGGCCAUGGCGCCCCAGGCCCCCGCCGCCGCCGCCGCCGCCACGGGCGUCCGCGAUAUGCGCCCCGGAACCCGCGGAGCCGUCGCCUGCGGGGAGGCCACCUGGAGCCUCUCUCGAUGCUGACAUGGUGACAGUGUGCAGGCAGGCCACAGGCAGCCACAGCUGGACUGGAACUCUGAGCUACAGAUUGGCCCACAAGGUCAAGGCAGAGGGUUCAAAGGCUGGGGAAGUUCUUGGAAGGCAGCCACUUGGGAGAUCUGUUCCUUCUCGAGAGUCUAAUCCAGCACUGCCCUUGGGAAGGAGCCCCCCAAGGAACCCCCACAACCUCAUGCUGGAGGCAAGAGUGGACAUGCUCGGCUCCAGUAUGAUCAUCAAUGGCCCGGCUGCAGACCUCGGUGCUAAAGAGGCCAGCAGGCCCUCGAAGAAGCAGCCUGGCAGCGUCCAGAACCCUGGGCCAUCCACCCGAGCCCGAGCCCAGCCCCUCAGCAUAAAGGACAAGAUAUCCAAGUGGGAAGGCAAGAAGGAGCCACCCACUCCUGAGCCUGCCAGGCCAACAGAGAGCCAAGAGAACUACUUGCCACCCUGCGGGGUAGAGCGGAGAGGCAGCGAGGUCACCAGAACAAAGAAUGGGUUGAGGCUUGAAGCAGAGAGCUUGGAAAAUGACAGCAGAAGGACAGCAAGGACCGCGUGUCAGGACACAGACCGGUGGCCAGGCCUGAGGCAGAGUGACGGGCAGCCGGAGCCCAGCCAGCGCCGAGGGGUCGAGCUGAAGCCCAGUGACUUGCGUUUUCAGAGUGACCACCUCUCCGUGCUCAAACAGGUCAGGAGACUGGAGAAGGCCUUGAAGGAUGGCUCUGCUGGCUUGGACCCCCAGUUGCCGGGGACUUGUUAUUCCCCACACUGUCUGCCUGACAAAGCAGAAGAGGACCAACGCAUUCCCGAGAGUCCUGGAAGUGGGGGUGCUUUCGCAGCUGGCCGCAGGGCCCACCACUUGGAGGACAAGGAGCCAGGCCCUGAGGCUUCAGAGGAGUGUAAAGGCCAGGAGAGUGUAUACCCGGGCUCCAGGCAGUGUCCCCCGAAGCCUUUCAUCAACCCCCUUCCCAAGCCCCGCAGAACGUUCAAACAUGCAGGAGAAGGGGACAAGGACAGCAGUCCAGGGAGCUCAGGCAUUGGCUUCAGGAAAGAGAAGAGAAACCUGCCUCCCCUGCCCUCUUUACCUCCCCCUCCCCCACCGCUGCCCUCCUCCCCGCCUCCUACUUCUGUGAAUAGAAGACUGUGGACUGGGAGGCAGAGACCCAGUGCUGACCACAGGAAGUCCUAUGAGUUUGAAGACCUACUGCAGUCCUCCUCUGAGAGCAACAGGGUGGACUGGUACGCACAGACCAAGCUGGGACUCACUCGCACUUUAUCGGAGGAGAACGUCUACGAAGACAUUCUAGAUCCACCUAUGAAGGAAAAUCCGUAUGAGGACAUCGAGCUACAUGGCCGCUGCCUGGGCAAGAAGUGUGUCUUGACUUUCCCUGGAUCUCCCACCUCUUCCAUCCCGGACACUUCCACCAAGCAAUCCUUGUCCAAGUCUGCAUUUUUCCGGCAAAAUUCAGAGAGAAGAAACUUCAAACUGCUGGACACCCGGAAGCUGAGUCGGGAUGGAGCGGGGUCCCCAGUGAGAGCCAGCCCCCCCUCUACACCUAGCAGCCCGGAUGACACUUUCUUUAACCUCGGAGACCUACAGAAUGGCAGGAAGAAGAAAAAGAUCCCCAGGCUGGUAUUGCGGAUCAAUGCCGUUUAUGAGGCCCGGAGAGGAAAGAAACGGGUGAAGAGGCUAUCCCAGUCCACGGAGAGCAACUCAGGAAAAGUGACAGACGAGAACAGCGAGUCUGACAGCGACACCGAGGAGAAGCUGAAAGCCCACAGCCAGCGCCUGGUCAAUGUGAAGUCCCGCCUGAAGCAGGCCCCUCGCUACUCCACUCUUGACCGGGAUCUCAUCGAGUACCAGGAGAGGCAACUCUUCGAGUACUUUGUGGUCGUGUCUUUGCACAAGAAGCAGGCAGGGGCUGCCUAUGUGCCAGAACUCACCCAGCAGUUUCCUCUGAAGUUAGAAAAGUCAUUCAAGUUCAUGAGGGAGGCUGAGGACCAGCUGAAGGCAAUUCCCCAGUUCUGCUUUCCUGACGCCAAGGACUGGGCUCCCGUCCAGGAGUUUACUAGUGAAACAUUCUCGUUUGUCUUAACUGGAGAAGACGGGAGCAGAAGGUUCGGUUAUUGCCGAAGAUUGCUGCCUGGAGGCAAAGGGAAGAGGCUUCCUGAAGUUUAUUGCAUUGUGAGCCGUCUGGGAUGUUUCAGCCUCUUUUCAAAGAUCUUGGAUGAGGUGGAAAAGAGAAGAGGCAUUUCCCCUGCUCUGGUGCAGCCCCUCAUGAGGAGCGUCAUGGAAGCCCCUUUCCCAGCCCUGGGCAAAACCAUCCUUGUCAAGAACUUCCUACCAGGCUCGGGAACUGAGGUGAUUGAGCUAUGCCGGCCCUUGGACUCCCGGCUGGAGCACGUGGAUUUUGAGUCUCUGUUCUCCUCCCUCAGCGUCCGGCACCUCGUCAGUGUUUUUGCCUCCCUGCUCCUGGAAAGGAGGGUCAUCUUCAUUGCGGACAAACUCAGCACGCUGUCCAAGUGCUGCCAUGCCAUGGUGGCGCUCAUCUACCCCUUCAGCUGGCAACACACCUAUAUCCCAGUGCUGCCCCCCGCCAUGAUUGACAUAGUGUGCUCACCCACGCCCUUCCUCAUCGGGCUGCUCUCCAGCUCGCUGCCGCUGCUCAAGGAGCUGCCACUGGAAGAGGUCCUUGUGGUCGAUCUCAUCAAUGAUCGGUUCCUCAGACAGAUGGAGGACGAGGAUUCCAUUCUGCCCCGGAAGCUUCAGGUAGCCCUGGAACACAUUCUGGAGCAGAGGAACGACCUGGCCUUUGACCAGGAUGGAGGCCCACUGGACUGCGUACAUGGCCCUGAGUCCAGCCCCUUGAAUGAGGUGGUGUCUGAAGCCUUUGUCCGAUUCUUCGUGGAGAUUGUGGGCCACUAUUCCUUGUUCCUGACGUCGGGCGAGGAGAGGAGCCUGCAGCGAGAGGCCUUCAGAAAAGCCGUCUCCUCCAAGAGCCUGCGCCGCUUCCUGGAGGUCUUCAUGGAGACCCAGACUUUCCGUGGCUUCAUCCAGGAGCGGGAACUACGCAGGCAGGAUGCCAAAGGUCUGUUUGAGGUCCGAGCCCAGGAAUACCUUGAAACCUUGCCCAGCGGAGAACACAGCGGAGUCAAUAAGUUCCUAAAGGGUCUGGGCAAUAAAAUGAAGUUUCUCCACAAGAAAUAACCUUCAUCUUGGCUCAAGGGAAGACCUCCUCCACUGGGACCACACAUUUCCAACAGAGGUCUGAGAGGCUGUGGGCUGAAGGCAGUCCCUAGCCCCCAGCUCCUCCUAGAAUGGGGCCUGUGAGCUGGGCACAUGGCAGGUGCUCAGGACAGCCCUGGAAGGGACCUGCCAACAUGCCCCUGUUGUUACUGUGGUCGGUUCUGGGAUCUUUAUAUCUAGGUAUUAAAAGAGAAGAAGAAGAAAGGCGUUUGGGUCUUCAUUCUGUCUUGCCAGGGCUAAGAAAACUCCCUCCUGCCCUACCUCAUCUCUUCUGGUUCAGCUGUUGACAGCUGUGGAGCCAGGAGGAGGGAGGAGCUAGGUAGAGUGGCUGCCACCACCCAUCCAGGUUCUUGUGGACUGGUCUAUGACGCCACCUGGUGGCAGAGACUGUGAGCUUCGCUUUCUUGACUGGGGUUUUUUGCCCCUUAGAAGGAAGUCACGUAGACCUGUUCUUGCCCUAAUGCCACACAUGAAAAGAGGAAAUCUUGUUAAUUGUUAAUAAAAUAUUCUUAGGGUCCUGAAAUGGAUAUCUCCUGUGGCCUAACCGUGACACUUAGACCUCUGUUGUGAACCUGUUCCUCAUAGCUGACAGACCUUUCGGGCUUCUGUAGUUGAUAUUGAGAGGGAAGAGCUGGACAAGGUUACAGUCAUCUGACCUGUGUGGGACAGUGGGAGUCUGUGAGUCCUGUGUGCCCACAGGAAGGUUCUCAGGCUGGCCUUGGACUACCACCCCAAUACUGUGGACACCCAAUGGAUUGUAUGAGAAAGUAACUUCUAGCCCACCUGGCCUGGAGUGGGGCAGGAGUAGUGGGAGGGGGUGUGGCUGAGGCGUUGGGGGUAGCCUGAGUGAGAAUGUGAGCAUGGGGGUUCACACAAGCGCCUCGGUUUAGUUAACUUCAAUGAUAGCAAUGCUCUGUGUAUUUUUAUACUGCCCCUAAGUGAUCACUUUUAGUAUUUUGGAAUAUACAGUCUUUUCUAACUUAUUUUCUAUUAUACUGUUUUACUUAAGAACUCCAAGUGAAUGAAUAAACAAAUAUCUUUAUCAACAUUCCUAGUGAGUGUAUAAUAUUCUAUAAUAUUAUGAAUGUUUUUGUAUUUGACUUAAGCAUAAAAACAAAAAUAAAUUUGGGGAAAUGUGCUAGA